CGGAACUCAGGGCGUCGCGCGAAGGCUGAAGGGAGUGUGGCCGCCGCUCUUGGGGACUGCUGCGCGGCGGGCGGCUCCGGGAUCUCGGGGAGCUGACAUGCCUCGGUAUGCGCAGCUGGUCAUGGGCCCCGCAGGCAGCGGGAAGCCCUGUGACGUUACAGAGUACUUACUGCGCCACCAUGGUCCAGCACUGUGAAGCCCUCAGUCGGUCUGUCCAGGUGGUGAACCUCGAUCCUGCAGCAGAACACUUCAGCUACCCCGUAAUGGCUGACAUCCGGGAACUGAUCGAGGUGGAUGACGUGAUGGAGGAUGAUUCUCUGCGGUUCGGUCCCAAUGGAGGAUUGGUGUUUUGCAUGGAGUACUUCGCCAAUAAUUUUGACUGGCUAGAGAGCUGUCUUGGCCACGUAGAGGAUGACUACAUCCUUUUUGACUGUCCAGGUCAGAUCGAGUUGUAUACGCAUCUGCCUGUGAUGAAACAACUGGUCCAGCGGCUAGAACAGUGGGAGUUCCGAGUCUGUGGAGUUUUUCUGGUCGAUUCACAGUUUAUGGUGGAGUCUUUUAAGUUUAUUUCUGGCAUCUUGGCGGCCCUGAGUGCUAUGAUCUCUCUAGAAAUUCCACAAGUUAACAUCAUGACGAAAAUGGACCUGCUGAGUAAGAAAGCUAAGAAGGAAAUUGAGAAGUUUCUAGAUCCAGACAUGUAUUCUUUAUUAGAUGAUUCCACAAGUGACUUAAGAAGCAAAAAAUUCAAAAAAUUGACUAAAGCUAUAUGUGGACUGAUUGACGACUACAGCAUGGUUCGAUUUUUGCCUUACGAUCAGUCAGAUGAAGAAAGCAUGAACAUUGUAUUACAGCAUAUUGAUUUUGCCAUUCAGUAUGGAGAAGACUUGGAAUUUAAAGAACCAAAGGAACAUGAAGAUGAGUCGUCUUCUAUGUUUGAUGAAUAUUUUCAAGAACAUCAGAAUGAAUAAAGAGUUUAUUAACAUGUAAAUGUAUAUAUGCAAAGAGCUUGUGGCUGAACCGGCAAAAUAUUUUUCUCAAAGGAUGCAAUACUAAAAAGCUGCUUAUUUUAAUGAAAAAAAUAAUACUUGGCUCUUUAUCAACAGCACACCUGAAUCAAGUUCUUGGUUAUUCUGAAACUGCUGCUGUUUAAAGUGGAAUCUUUUAGUGUUAUAUUUUUACUAAGCAUCAGUUUAGAUCAGGGGUCCUCAAACUUUUUAAACAGGGGGCCAGUUCACUGUCCCUCAGACCGUUGGAGGGCCGGACUAUAGUUAAAAAAAAAAACUAUGAACAAAUUCCUAUGCACACUGCACAUAUCUUAUUUUGAAGUAAAAAAACAAAACGGGAACAAAUACAAUAUUUGUAUUUGCAUGUGGCCCGCGGGCCGUAGUUUGAGGACCCCUGGUUUAGAUUUUAAAAGUUGAAAUUGAAAUUAAUUCACAUAGAUUUGUAUAUAAUGUAAAUUAGCACCUGUGGUACAGUUAAGACCAGUCUACCUUUAUUUUUUCUGUUUGGUUUUGUUAUUUUUGAAGGUUUUUUUUUGGAGGAGCAGGAAUUAUUGUAACAAAAUAUGUAUAUCCAAAGGUGAAAAUCUGUAGGAUAUAGGUAAAACCAUUGUUUAUAUGUAUUCCAAAUUUCUACAUUGAAAAUGUAUUAUUUGUAUAAUUAAAAAAUGAAAAGUGACUAAUUUUUAAAGAUAUGUAUGUAUAUAAAUAAAAUAAACAGCAUUAACCUUUCA